AUGGAGGAGCUGGUGCUGCAAAACCUAUUCAAUGGCGAUCGAGAAGCACAGAUUGAGGCCGCCACUGAACUCGGUAAAUUGAAUAGCAAGCAAAGGCACAAGUUGGCUAAGAGGGGUGUUAUGGUUCCAUUGAUUUCAAUGCUUCAUUCGCCAGAUGUUGAAGCCAUUAAAGCUGCUCUGUUUUCUCUGCUUAGUCUUGCCUUUGGCAGUGAAAGGAACAAGAGCAUGAUUGUGGAAUCAGGGGCUUUACCGGUGUUGCUGAACCUCCUUCGAUGCGAAAGUGAGGCACUGAUUGAGCUCACAAUAGCAGCUUUGUUGAUUCUCUCAUCUUGCAAGACAAACAAGUUAGCAAUUGCCAAAUCUGGAGCCAUCCAACUCAUGGUUGAAAUUCUCAACAUGAACAACGUGAUUAUUAGUAUGCAAGCCAGACUCGAUGCCAUAGCCGCACUCCACAACCUCUCAACCUGCCAUCAGAUUGUACCUGAUUUGGUCUCUGGUGGCGUAAUAUUUUCCCUGCUGCAAAUAAUCCAGUACAGCUUGGAAAAACCAGGCCAGCUGGUUGACAAGGCAAUUGCACUGCUUGACGACAUCAUUUUUUCAUCGAAGAACGCACUCAAAGAAGCUGCUGCUACGCAUGGCGCGAUUAGAGCACUGGUUGAGAUAAUUGAAGAGGGGUCAAUGGAGCGCAAGGAGCACGCAGUGAGAAUACUCCUACUUAUAUGCCAGAACUGCAGAGAAAUAUACAGAGGAUUGAUACUCAAGGAAGGAGCAAUGCCUGGACUGCUUCAGCUGAGUGUGGACGGAACAUGGAGGGCUAAAACUAUGGCACGGGAGUUGCUGUUUCUAUUGAGAGACUGGUCAGGCUCAGGUUAUGGUUCGAGCAACCAGCAGUCGAGGAAUAGGGUCAUAGAACAGAUUAUGCAAGAAAUUGACGCAGAAGAAGAGAGAGUUGUGGGGACAAGUACCACAGCGUUGAAGCUGGUGGAGGAGAUGCUUGCAAAGCUCAGUGGUAUACAAUGA